AGGCUAAAUAUGCUUAUUAUACAAAUGUCUGGAUCUUUGGCCCCUCGGAAACACAUCAACACAUUUCACUGAUGAAAUGCAUGGUAUGAGUCGGUGAUAGUAGAGGUUGACCGAUUAAUCGUAAUGGGCGAUUUCAAAUUUUCAUAACAAUCAGUAAUCUGCAUUUUUGGACACCGAUCAUGGCCGAUUACAUUGCACUCCACAAGGAGACUGCGUGGCAGGCUGACUACCUGUUAUGCGAGUGCAGCAAGGAGCCAAGGUGUGCAGGAUACUUGUUCCAGAGAGUAGGGAAGAUAGCUGCAACUGCCAUAGGUGGAGGGUUCCUGUUGUUACAGAUAGCGAAUCACAGUGGCUACGUGCAGGUGGACUGGAAGAAAGUGGAGAAGGACGUAAACAAAGCAAAGAAACACCUGAAGAAGAGAACCAAGCAAGCAGCCCCUGAAAUUAACUCCUUCUUCGAGGAGGUAAAGUCUGCUUGUUUUCUCCUCCUUCCCCUCUCUGCAGGCCACAGAGUUUGUCAAGAAGAACAUUGUCCUGUCCAGCGGGUUUGUGGGUGGAUUCCUCCUGGGCUUGGCCUCCUAAUGGCGUUGGGGCCAAUUCACGACUGAGGAAGUCGUUACAUAGGAAGAAGGAAGCUGUCAUUACUGUGAACUGAGUCACCACACGGGAUGUUGUCAUUAACUGUGAAUCGUUGUCUUUCUCCCAGCACGGAACUAGCCAUGAAACGGGUUUGGGAGGAGGCUGAACAUGUGAAGCUGCCACUUUAUGCCCCCCUGGCUGCUCUCUUCCAUUACUGCCCAACUGAUCAGAGUCGAGCUUGUCCACCUUCUUUUUAUUCUAUUUAUCUGGUGGUUUCUGAUCCAGGAUCAGUUGUUUGGGCCUGUUGAAUAUGGAAUUUUUAUACUUCAUAUUCAUAAUCAGCACUACCCCCAACAUCAAUGUAUGUGAAAAUGUCACGUUUCUAUGUUUUGAAUCAGCUAUGUUAUAUAUAUUUGUUCAUCGUCAUAUGGUGUGCAUCAUGUGAUUUGAAUCAAUUAGUGAGCAAUGCCUACUCAUAAUUGGUUGAAAUCACGAUGCACACCAGAUGAUGCCAUUAGAAAAACUAAUUUUGACUUCAAAACAUAGAAACAUGGCAUUUUCACAUAUGUUGAUGUUAGGGUAGUUCUGGAGAUGAUUAAUACAAUGUUGAAAAUGUUUGAAAUGUUACUUUAAGUGCACAACGCGACACCUCUUGAUAUACUACUAAUAUACUGUACCACACACUGGACAUAGGAUUCCUUGGCCCCUGUCUAUCUGGGGCCCUCUUUUACCUGGAAGAACAGGUCUAGGAUCAGGAAUGUGUCCCAAAUGCCCAUAGUGCACUACAUUUGACCAGAGCCCUAUGUAGGAAAUUAGGGUGCCAUUUGGGACACAGGCAAGCUCUCUAAUGUACUGUAGGUAUAUCAGUGUGCAGGUGAGCGUUUUUCAUAAAUAAUCUUUUUCUGGGGGCAGCUCUGCAGAAUGGUCACUAGCUGGCACAGCCACAAAAUCUGAUUUUAAAUCUAACUGUAACCACACUGUUAACCCUAAUGCCUAACCUUCAAUUUAGACCAAAAAGUUUAAUGUAGUUUUCAUGAAUUUUUACAAUAUAGCCAAUUCUGACUUUGCAGCUGGCCUAUCGAGCGGAUUAGCUUAGUUCUGCCUCCAGGACAAGACUCAUUCCAAAAAAUGUGAACCUGCUAUCAGUGUAGUAAUAGGAAAACAUGUGAUUUAGUCAUGUGUAGAAUAUACUAUCAGUUUUAUAGAUAGAAGGAAAUGCACAGUAUAAAGUCAGUGUUCAGUUGCUUAUGAGUUGUUCCAUAUUGUGUCUUUAACUAUUUAAAUAUUACGUGUCAGGAGUAUGAUUUUCCAUUAGUUUCUGUACUUCACCAAGUGCACAUUAACUUCUUACUGCCGUUAACUAUAUGUUCUGACCUCCUGAAUGCUGUUUUGAAAUCUUGAUAACCAACCAACCAUAACUAUAGAUUUGUCUUAUGAUUCUGUUUUGUCAAAUAAAGUUGCCUGAUUUUGUUGGUUAGCAAUGUUAA